AAGGAAGACUGGAAUGAUCAUUCUCGGAGGGGGCAUGCCCAAACAUCACAUUUCCAAUGCCAAUAUGUUUCGUAAUGGUGCGGAUUAUGGUGUCUUCAUCAAUACUGCGCAAGAGUUUGAUGGGAGUGAUUCUGGAGCGCAUCCUGACGAGGCUGUAUCAUGGGGAAAAAUACAGGAUUCUGCCAAAACUGUCAAGGUGCAUUGCGAUGCAAUGAUUGCUUUCCCUCUGCUGGUUGCUGAAACAUUUGCGAAGAACGCUGUCCAGACUACGACUUGACACAGUUUUUGAUUGCAAAGAUUGAUUCAUAGUAUACGGUCUUUACAUGAUAAAGCCGCUAACAUAGGGUUAGGAAGCAUUCUGAUAGCGCAUUUCUUCCCCGUAUGUUGGAUUAAAUUGAUUUACUUUAUUUCCUUUAUCUUGGAGGU